UCUGCGGCGCCACCGAACAAGCAAAGAGUGGGGGCGAGAAGAAACAAACGUCUUUCCUAGGAUGGCUGCGCGCUUCACUGACGCGCAAUCAACUGCUUGGCUUGGGCCACCUUGCGAGUCUGUUUGGAGUUAUCGCACUGUUUAUGAAGGACAUGCUGUUCCUCAGGAGUUUCAUGGUCUGCGGGGGCAUCUGCGGGAUCACUUUCAACAUGCUGCAACCCACGCCCAUGUACAUACCCAGCAUGUGGGGCUGCGUUUUCCUGCUCAUCAACCUCACACAGAUCGGCAUCCUUCUCCUUGAACGGCGCGAGGUCGAGUUCUCUUCGGACGAGCUGGACGUUUUUGAGCUGGAGUUCCAGCGGCACGGCGUCACGGCCUGCCAGUUCAAAAAGCUGAUGCGCUAUGCAGAGGCGGAGUGGCGAGAACUGCCAACAGACCACGUGAUUCUGAAGCAGGGUGACCAAGUAGACGACAUCUAUCUCAUCAUUAGCGGGUGCGCGGAGGUAACAGUGAACGGCGGCGCGGUGGGGCAGGUCCAGCGGGGCAGCCUCGUGGGCGAGACGGCGCUCCUCGCGAAAGGGCACCUGGCGGGUGCCACCGUCACGACUCUGGUGCCGACCAAAGUCGUGGUCUGGGAUAAGCACAAGUUGCGCCAGGUGCUUGCCAACGACCCGAGCCUGAUCCUGUCCGUUUCCGCAACCAUCAACUCGGACCUCGCCACCAAGCUCGCCAAGCGCAACCUCAGCAAGGACCGCAGCCUGGAGACGUACAAGGACGUGCUGGGCGGCAUCUGCUCGGCGGGACGCGUCAGCCCCGAGGAGAAGAAGGCUCUGCGGGAGUUCCGGCAGCGGCAUGGAAUUCGACCUUCGGAGCACGAGGCGGCGGUCCGCGAGAUUGGUUGGACACUCGACGAGUACGACGACGGGGCGAAGCACCAUUCAGGGAGGCUAGCGGGUCUUCUCAGCCGUGUGCCCCGGUGGACCGGCCGUCGAAAAGCUCUCCAGACAAUGGAGCAGAGUCCGCAUCCCGCUGACGUGCCUGUACUCAAACAAGAGACUCAACCGCAAUUGGAGCCGCAAACUCCUCAUUUCAAUCGUGAGAAACUUCCGCCAGGCAAGGGCCUCAAGGGAGAGGCGGCCAGCCUGCAGAAUUUGAGUCCCUUGGCGGUGUGUUUGGACGAUAAAGUCAAAGCGAAAAUGACGGAUAGAAAGAAGGACGUAGAAGCCGUGUUGGGGGCCCGGGAAACGCAGCUCUUGUAUGCGACGCUGGAAGUUCCCGAGGACGAACGAGGAGCGAUUGAUUUGAACUUUAGUUGACGUCGAAGCAGCUAUGGGGGUUGCACAGCGCACGCUUAGGGUACUGAUUAAAAUAGAGCUAAUGGCAGGUUUUGUCCAUUUGUUUCCGAAUUGUACAUAUAUAGCGUACUCGUAAGUAUUAAGUCCUGUAUUCAGAACUCUGUAAGCCAGGUGAUCGGGGUUGUACAAACCCAAUCUAAAAAGGGAUUGUUGACUUCGCAGUUCAAUGACCAGGUGAUGUUGUAGAAUACAUUGUAAGUAUUGGAAACUCAAUGGAGAACUUCAGCAGUGUACAAUUCGGUUGCCACCUUGCCAUGAAUCGAUUCGGCCAUGCAGUGUGGCUGGAUUUGGUAGGUUGAAUGUAAGGCCGGCCAGAGAUCGGAGGCAUUUCAUCUGGAGCACGAUCGACGUGAUGAUUGGACGAUGG